CACGGCGGGGCCACGGCGGCGCGCAGGGGAGGCCGCGGCGGAGGCGGAGAACCCGGUGUGGCGGUGGCUGCUGCUGGCCGCGUUGCGGUCCUGGCGGCAGCCCCCGAACGACAGCCAAGUCGCUGAGGGCCGGGCUCAGGCUCCGCUGCUGCCCCGGAGCCCGGCUCGCGCUCCCGCCGCCGCCGCGCGCUGUUGUCAUGGAGGAUCCAAGAUGGCGGCGCUGGCGUACACGCGCGGGCGGCGCGAGAUCAACCAGUACUUCAGCGUGAGCAGCGCCAAGGGGCUCGCGCUGGCCGCUGUGCUGCUGCUGGCCGCCGGCCAUGCGGCGCUGCGCCACUAUCCGGGCCAUGAUUCCUGUGAACACCUCCUCUCCAGUGGCAGAUUUCUUGGAGAGAAAGUUUGGCAGCCUCACAGCUGUAUGAUGCACCAAUAUAAAGUCAGUGAAGCAAAGAACUGCCUCAUAGAGAAACAUAUCGCAUUCAUUGGAGACUCCAGAAUCCGUCAGUUAUUUUAUUCUUUUGUAAAAAUAAUUAACCCUCAAUUCAAAGAAGAAGGAAAUAAGCAUGAAAACAUUCCUUUUGAAGACAAAAUUUCAUCAGUUAAAGUGGAUUUCCUGUGGCACCCUGAAGUGAAUGCUUCCAUGAAACAGUGUGUCAAACUGUGGACUGAGGAACCUGUUGGAAAGCCCCAUGUCGUUGUAGCAGGAGCUGCCACGUGGUCCAUAAAGACCCAUAAUGGCAGUGAUGAGGCCCUCGCCCAGUAUAAGACCAACAUCACGUCUCUUGCGCCACUUUUAGAGAAAUUAGCAAAGACUAGUGACGUUUACUGGGUCUUACAAGAUCCUGUUUAUGAAGAACUGCUCAGUGAAAACAGGCGGAUGAUCACCAAUGAGCAGAUCACUGCCUACAAUGAAGCCGCCAUCAGCGUCCUCAAUGGCAGCGCCAAGAACGCCAAGUCCAGGGUCAAGGUGUUCCGUGUUUCCCAGCUCAUUGCGCAAGAGACCAUCAUGGAAUCUGUGGAUGGCCUCCACCUCCCGGAGUCGAGCCGAGAAACAAGUGCCAUGAUUCUCAUGAACGUGUGCUGCAACAAGGUGGUGAGGCCCAUCGAUGGCUCCUGCUGCCAGCCCCCCUCGGCCCCCGCACUCACCCAGAAACUGGCGGCCGGCUUUUUCGGCCUCUCCAUCGCGGGCUGCCUGAUCCUGCACCUGGUGCAUCGUCAUGGUCACCGGAGGAGCCGGCCGUGCGCUGAUGUGGAGGCAGGAGAGGAGAAGAAGGCGGCCCCUGCAGCCUCCGCCUGCCCCUCCGAAGUAGUCCUUCAGUCAUGUUGCAAGCUGGGGCUGAUCAUGGCCUAUUUCUACCUGUGCGACCGAGCCGAUCUGUUUAUGAAGGAAAACAAGUUUUACACCCACUCCUCCUUCUUCACACCCAUCAUCUACAUCCUGGUUUUAGGAGUGUUUUAUAAUGAAAAUACCAAAGAGACCAAGGUGUUGAAUCGCGAGCAGACAGAGGAGUGGAAGGGCUGGAUGCAGCUGGUCAUCCUCAUCUACCACAUCUCGGGGGCCAGCACUUUUUUGCCUGUGUAUAUGCACAUUAGGGUUCUGGUUGCUGCAUAUCUAUUUCAAACAGGUUAUGGGCACUUCUCGUACUUUUGGAUCAAAGGAGACUUUGGAAUCCACCGAGUAUGUCAGGUAUUAUUUCGUCUCAAUUUCCUGGUUGUGGUGUUAUGCAUCGUGAUGGAUCGACCUUACCAAUUCUACUACUUUGUUCCCUUGGUCACUGUGUGGUUCUUGGUCAUCUACAUCACCUUAGCUUUGUGGCCACAGAUCACCCAGAAGAAAGCAAAUGGAAGUUGCUUCUGGCAUUUGGGCUUGCUGAUGAAGCUCGCUUCCUUGCUCGUCUGUAUCUGCUUUCUGGCUUAUUCUCAGGGCGCGUUUGAGAAGAUCUUUUCUCUUUGGCCAUUAUCCAAGUGUUUCGAAAUGAAUGGAAACGUCUACGAGUGGUGGUUCCGGUGGAGAUUAGACCGCUAUGUCGUGUUCCAUGGAAUGUUGUUUGCGUUCAUUUACCUGGCCUUGCAGAAGCGCCAGGUGCUCUCCGAAGGGAAGGGGGAGCCCCUGCUCCCCAACAAGAUGUCCAACGUGCUCCUCUUUGUGUCCGUGGUCUCUUUCUUGACCUACUCCGUCUGGGCCAGCAGCUGUAAGACCAAAGCCGAGUGCAACGAGCUGCACCCCGCCGUGUCAGUCGUCCAGAUUCUGGCUUUCAUCCUCAUCAGAAACAUCCCAGGAUACGCCCGCUCCGUGUACAGCUCGUUUUUCGCUUGGUUUGGGAAGAUUUCAUUGGAGCUCUUCAUCUGCCAAUACCACAUCUGGCUGGCCGCAGACACCAGGGGCAUCUUGGUCCUCAUUCCCGGCAACCCGAUGCUCAACAUCACGGUCAGCACUUUCAUCUUCGUGUGCGUGGCCCACGAAAUCUCGCGAAUCACCAACGACCUCGCCCAGAUCCUCAUCCCCAAAGAGAGCGCGGCUCUCUGGAAGAGGCUGGCCUGCAUGGCAGGCUUCUUCUCUGCACUCCUACUCUUAUCGUCUAUCCGAGGGGAACACAGACGGUAGCCUUCCCAGGGCCUAAAGGCGGGAUUGCUUCAGGCGCCGUCCCUGGCUGCCAUGGGGGCCGUGGGGGCUGUGGGAGGUGGGUCUUCAGCAGCAUCUGCUGCCUGGUGGAGCACCGCCCCCUCCCCUUCUGCACUUCUCAAAGACGUUUUCUCAGUGUCCGUGCGGUGAUGUCCAAGUGAAGUAUCAGGGCGUGGAUGGCUGGGCUGCAUGUUUGCUGACACAGAGGCGAGUCUGCUCAGUUCUGCCCCGACUUGGGGGCCCGUGCUGUGCCCGUGCUAGUGCUGUGUGGUGGCUUUUCAAAGUAAAUUUUUUCCACUCAGAAUUCCUCCCCUCCCCCUUAACUUUUCACUGCUAGCUCCCUGGGGAGAAGGUCAGCUCGUUUAUGGAUCAGUUCCACAUUUUUCUCCAUUUAUUCGUUUUUAUAUAUAUUUCCAACGUUUGAAAGUCCUUCCCAGCCUGCUCUCCCGAGCGCGUCUCGCCCAGGCGCUUUCCUCGGGGAAAGCCUGAGCACUGGGUGAGGGGUUUGCAGUAUAAGUUUGCGAGUAGGGUCGGAAGCAUCUCCUUCCUUUCUGACUGUUGUAGAUAGGGAUUUAUUUAUCUGUUGUACAGAUCGGGUUAUCAUUUUUAUGGUUCAAAAGAUUGCACUUGUUUACUGUGGGGGGUUAAAUAUAUUUUCUGUUAAUGUUACGUGAAUGUGUGAAGUAAUUUAAAAAGUAAAUGAUUGUUCUGUGGAUCCUUAUUUUUGUAUUGGCAAGAGAUCAAUUAAACUGCUUGCUUCAUGGGUU